CUCGUAAGUACUGGCAAGACUCCAUCUGCCGACCACAGGAACCCGUCCAGGCCCGAUGGCCCUCGGCAACGAACUGCCGCAACAUCCUGGGCGAUCGUCUGCUUGUUUCAGAGACCGAUCUCUGAACCGACCCGAAUCUUUCCUCUCCGCGCUCCCCUUCACUCGCCCAUCCCACACACGCACCAGCCCGUCGACUUCACUCAUCCCCUCGCCCACCAACCCGGCUCGUUCUUCUUACUCUGAUCAUCGCCGAUGAACGGUGCUAUCGACCAAGGGGAUUCCUUCACUGAGCACCAAAGUACCGCGACCCACACCAUGAGCAAUGCAUCCGGAGAUCGGGCCGCUGGCGCCCUGGCCGACAACGACGUCGAGCUCCUCAUCCAACAGGGCACCGAGGCCUUUGCCAAGCACGAAUACGAAAAGGCCGUAGAUCUGUUUGGAGAAGCCGUGACUGCUCUGGCGGAGCAGUACGGCGAAGGCGCUCCCGAGGGCGCUGAUGCGCUGUUCCUGUAUGGACAGGCUCUCCUCUCCAACGCCCUGUCCAAGACAAACGUCCUCAACGCCGCCUCGAGCAGCGAGGUCCGUGAUGCCGAACUCGAGCUUCCCCAGAAAUCCAGCUCGCACUUUGUGUUUGAGGACGAGGGCUACGAGGACGACUCUGAGGACCCUGCCGAGCAGGCUGAAGGCCAGGAGAACCCAGAAGAGGAGGACGAGGGUGAAGAAGAAGACGACAUGCAACUGGCCUGGGACAUUCUCGAGCUGGCCCGAAUCUCAUACGAACGGAUGGAGGACCCCGAAAAGUGCAAGCCCAAGCUGGCAGCGGUGCACAUGGCCCUGGGCGACAUCUCGCUGGAGUCAGAGCGUUGGCGGGAGGCCGUCGAAGAUUACCUGCUCAGCGUCAAGCUGAAAGAGUCGUACUUGUCGGACGAUAACCGCCAGCUGGCCGAGGUCCACUACAAGCUGGCCCUGGCUCUCGAAUACUCGGAGCGGCCGCAGGAUGCCCUUGGACACGUCGAGAAAACCAUCCAUGUUCUCGAGAAGCGGGUGGCCCUGCUCGAGUCGAUCAGCAGCGGCGGCAGCGAGAAUGCCAAGGGCAAGGGCAAGAUGAGCAGCGAGCAGCUCGAGGCCGAGAAGGAGCUGCAAGAGAUCCGAGGGCUCUAUCCCGAGAUGAAGGCCAAGCUCGACGACCUGCGGCUCCUGGUCUCAGGCAAGCCCUCGAUCAACAAAGAGAUCCAGACUGCCCUGAAGCAGGCUGUUCAGUCCAUAGGCGGCCCCAUCGCAGCCGAGCCGCUCUCGGCGUCCAGGCCCGCUGGCAUCGUCCACGACAUCUCGUCGCUCGUCAAGAAGAAGGAGACCGCCGAUGAUGCCUCGAGAUCGGCGCGGGUCGCUGCUGCCGAGAUAGACGACGUCAAGAAGAGAAAGGAUCCACUCGAGGACGACAGCCAGGCCAAGAAGUUCAGAGCCGAGUAGUGGUCUCGGCUGGGGCCCGAGGCCGGAUGGCCGUCGCCUUUCGUCCAAGCCAGUUCCCCUCGGAUCAGAUCGGCCCUCUGCCUGGCCCGCCGAGCACUCUGAUCUCCUUUCCAUACCGACCAUUGCCAUAGCACACCGGGCCAAUGCACGAAAUACAGUUUGUCUUUACUGA